UUUCAGCGCCAUCCAUCUUCCUCCUCUCCUUGCCGUCGAGCCCCACGACUACAAAAGCAUUUCCAGCCAGUUAGAGCCAUGGCCUCAGUCCCACACACGGAGAUCAAGCGCAUCUGCUGCAUCGGCGCGGGCUAUGUUGGUGGACCGACAUGCUCCGUCAUUGCCCUCAAGUGCCCCCACAUCAUCGUCACUAUCGUCGACCUGAACCCUGCCCGUAUCGCCGCAUGGAAUUCGGAGGACUUUGCCCUGCCCAUCUAUGAACCUGGUCUAGAAGACGUCGUCCGCCAGACGCGUGGACGCAAUCUCUUCUUCUCCACCGAGGUUGACAAGGCCGUCCAGGAGGCAGACCUCAUCUUCGUAAGCGUCAACACGCCCACGAAGACGUCAGGAGUUGGAGCAGGCUACGCUGCCGACCUCAACUAUGUCGAGUCGGCCACGCGUCACAUCGCCCAGGUCGCCACUUCUUCCAAGAUUGUCGUCGAGAAGUCCACUGUUCCCUGCCGCACGGCGUCCUCUAUGCGCACUAUCCUCGAAUCCAACUCCCGCCCUGGAUGCCACUUCGACAUCCUCUCCAAUCCCGAAUUCCUCGCGGAAGGAACCGCUAUCGCCGACCUUUACAACCCGGACCGUGUUCUCAUUGGAGCACUCGACACCCCCGAGGGCGCAGCAGCGUGCGCAGCUCUUUCGAGUGUCUAUGCCAACUGGGUCCCUAAGGAACGUAUCCUCAACGUCGGCCUCUGGUCCUCCGAACUCUCCAAGCUCGCCGCCAACGCACUCCUCGCCCAGCGUAUCUCCUCCAUCAACGCCCUCUCCGCCAUCUGCGAGACCACCGGCGCUGACGUUCGCGAAGUCGCACACGCCGUCGGCCUCGACUCGCGUAUCGGUUCCAAGUUCCUACGUGCCAGUGUUGGCUUCGGCGGCUCGUGUUUCCAGAAGGACAUUCUCAAUCUCGUCUAUCUCUCGGAGAGUCUGCAUCUCCCCGAGGUCGCGAAGUACUGGCGCUCAGUCGUGGAUAUGAACGAGUGGCAGAAGCUGCGGUUCGCGAAGACGGUUGUGGACAAUUUAUUCGGAACUAUUACGAACAAGCGUAUCGCUGUGCUCGGAUUUGCUUUCAAGGCCGACACCGGCGACACUCGCGAGUCGCCAGCCAUUACGCUCGUAAAGUCUUUCGUCGCCGAGCGCGCCAAGGUCGCCGUCUACGACCCUCAGGUGUCUCAUGAUCAGAUUUGGAUGGAUAUGCAGUCGGCCUGCUCUACGCCCAAACAAGAGCUCUCCAAGCAGCUCACGCUGCACACCGACGCGCAGAGCACCUUCGCGGGCGCCAGCGCCAUUGUCGUCGUCACCGAGUGGGCCGAGUUUGCCUCGCCGAACUUUGACUGGGAGGGCGCAUUCGCGGCGAUGACCAAGCCCGCGUUCGUGUUCGAUGGUCGUGGCAUUGUGAACGGCGCCCGUUUGAGGGAAAUUGGAUUCAAGGUUGUUACUAUUGGACGGGGCGAGAACUUGUAGUUGUCCGUGUCGUCGCUCGGACGUUGGGAGGUUAUACGUUUUAAUUUUGUUAAUAAACAGGUAGAUUCGCAGUAACGAGAAUUAUAUGUACAUGGUCCUGUACAAUAUCGGUGGCAAGAUACCUAUUUGAAAUAGAUGGCCGCAUCGUAUCGGCAUGUUGUAC